CCGAAGCCGAGCCUGGACCUACCCGCCCCGCCCGCCUCCCGCCUGAGAUCGCGGUGACGCCGGCAGCACCGGGGAUCCCUGGGACGCAGCGCCGGCAGGAAGCCCUUCGGGGGACUGAAAGGUGCGCUCUGGGGCGGGCCCAGGCCCGAAGCCGGAGGAGGAAGUAGCAAGUGCGCGAAGCUGUGUCCCCGAGCCCAGCGCUCGGCAGUGAACUGAGCGCCAUGGAGAAAGUCAACUCCUUCUUCAACGACAUCUGGGACAUCCUCAUGACCAAGCACCAAGAGGGCCUCUUCAACACCAUCUGCCUGGGCGUCAUCCUGGCGCUGCCCCUGCUGGUGAUCAUCGUCCUGCUGUUCGUCUGCUGCCACUGCUGCUGGAGCCGGUGUGGUCGGUGUGGCCAGUGCGGCCAGCAGCCAGAGCGCAGCAAGGGCAAGAAGAAGAAGAAGAAGAAGAAGAAGGGCGAAGACGACCUCUGGAUCUCUGCUCAGCCCAAGCUCCUGCAGAUGGACAAGAGACCAUCGCUGCCUGUCUAGUGAGGCAGGGAGCAGAGGGACGUCCGCCUCCGGGGGCUCAGCUGCCUCCUGGCCACGCGCAUGCGCAGGGCAGGGAGCAGUGGCCCCUGACGGGUCCUGCUCACAUCCGCGGAGGAACUUCCCGACCAAGGAACAAACCUCGGACGGCGUGUCCCCGUGGAGGGCUCUCCCAGGGGGCGCGUGGACACUUCUUGGGCACUGUCUUGGCAGCUCUGUGGCCAAGAGCCGUGCUGUCUCCUGCAGACUCAGGCACACUUUCCACCUCCUUCUGGCACAGCCCAUAGGCAAACGCACAAGGAACACGCAUCUGAACAUCCUGACACGUCUCCCGAUGCCCACACACACACCAUGCUCACCCUAUACACCGUAUGUGACCUGCUCUUGCAAAAGCGUCUCACAGGAGGAGGGCCCGGCCAGAUGCGGGCACGCACGCGCAGUCCCGUCGCCGGGCAAGGCUGCGUACUCGCCUCCGUUCCCUCCGCUGCUCAGGUUACAGAGGCGUGCUCCCCUCCUCCUGCUAUCCCUGCAAACCCUCUGCUGGAAAUCCUCCUGUUGGGACACUUCAGCGACCUGGUACAGCCCCCCUUCCAUGUAUAUGGAGACAGGCCCAGCAAGUUCCUGUGCUCCGGCCCCCCUCCCACCCCGCCACCCCACCUGGGAGGAAGCAUUUAAAGUGGGACAGCUCCGGAUUCAUCAAAAGCUGUUGUCUCGCAGCCCCCACAGGGUCUGCAUUACCACGGGUGGGUGGUCCGCGUGGCCCAAGCCCCCUCCCUGUGAGACGCUGCCCCCAGAACCACCGGGUAGGGUGCCCUCCUCCACUCAAGAGCACACAGCUCUGGGCAGAGGCUCCCAGAAAGCCAUAGGGACUCAGAGACUAAGGUUAGGACGCUCACUGCGCUGGGCUGCACCGCACACUGUGCCGGUGAGCGGGUGCUGCGCCCCAGCGACGCAGCUGCCACGGAACCGUACGUGCCCCGCGGGGAAGGAGUUAAGGCGAUCGCUGGGACAGCCUCACAGAAGGCGCGCCGUCCCACGGUGGUCACUGGAGGCGUGGCGUGGUGCAGGUCGGGCACAGAAGGUACAGUUUAAGGGAAAGGAGGAUGAAGUUAUUCAGAGGUUUAUUAAUAUUUAUCUAGAGGUUCAGGCAAGUGCCUUGCACACAGAGGGGACGCGCUGCUGCGUGAGGAUGUGGGGGGUCUGUGAUGAUGCAAAGGGUAAACUGGCGACACCGCACCAGCGCCACCCUCCAGGUGAGCCCACUCAUCGCUGCAACGGGUGGGGGCCGG